CACCCAUUAAGUGCAUUUGAGCGCGCACUGUGCCGCCACUCUCUGCCUUUCUCGUCUUUUUUUUGUGUGUGUGUUAAAGUCUUGGCCUAAAAUACCAGCUGAUUCGGUAACUUUACUCACCAUGAGAGUGCCCCUACCACCCUAGCAACAGAUGCACCACCGCCCCCCUACCACCCUAGCAACAGAUGCACCACCGCCCCCCUACCACCCUAUCAACAGAUGCACCACCGCCCCCCUACAACUGCACCUUUAACCUCUAAGUGAAGGAAGAAGGAACAUGAACGCGCGCUCCUCCACGAAAGACAACCAAGACGAGGUGACAGCUCCUCGUCCCUCCAAGUGUGUGAAGAGAAAGUACUUGUUCUGUACCUAAUACGAUAUAUAUAAAUAUAUACAUUAGAGGUAGCUUGUGGAUACGUCGUCCCCCUUACCUACGAAGGUAGGUCUUCCCCUAGCGUACAAAGGCAGGCCUCCCAGUGAUAAGAUUAAAAUUGAUAGUUGAUCGUAAACUGCUGGGUAACCAUUCAAGGGUUUACGUUUGAGGAACAGUUCACCACUCUGCUAAGCAAUGAGGCUACGAGUGGUGGUGUCAGUGGUGUUGUCAAUGUGGGCGGAGGUGGUGGCAGGGGAGGCGCCGCUGGUGACCACGCAUGAGGGCAGGGUGGCAGGAGUGAUAGAAGCCUCCACUAAGGGCCGUGUAUUCUACUCCUACUACGGCCUCCCAUACGCCAAGCCGCCCUUGGGGCCUCUCAGACUCAAGGAUCCGGCUCCUGUUGAGCCAUGGGAGGGUGUGCGUGAUGGCUCUCGUCUCCCCGAGAUGUGCCUUCAAGUUCCGUUUGGCGACACAGUCGCUGGAGUGCGACUGCCGCCCGAGGGCCUCUCCGGCAGCGAGGACUGCCUCUACCUCAAUGUUUUCACCCCUAGGCAGGAGCCCGCAGGACUCCGGGACCAGCCCGCAGGACUCCGGGACCAGCCUGCAGGACUCCCCGUCAUGGUGUACAUUCAUGGGGGCGGGUUCUUCUCUGGGGGCACCAACGAGUACCUGCCUCACGCCCUCCUCAACCACGACAUCGUGCUGGUGGUCCUCCAGUACCGCCUUGGCACUCUAGGGUUCUUGUCGACGGAGGACUCGGUGAUCCCCGGCAACUUCGGGUUGAAGGACCAGACGCUGGCGCUCCAGUGGGUCCAGAGGAACAUCCACCACUUCGGCGGAGACAAGACCAAGGUCACCAUCUUCGGCCAGAGCGCCGGCGGUGCCUCCGUCCACUACCAUAUGUUAUCACCUAAAUCCGAUGGACUGUUUGCCCGGGCCAUCAUGCAAUCCGGGACCAGCCUCUCGCCCUGGGCACUGGCGAGGACUCACAGGACGCAGGCGCAGUACGUGGCCGCCGCCCUCGGCUGCCCAACCCAGCGUGCAAGCCAAGCGAUCCUACAGUGUCUUCAGGACUCUGACGGUCGCAGCCUCGCAGCCCUCGCUCACGAUUUCUUUAAAUGGUCCAUUCUGCCCAUGACAGUCACGCCUCGCGUGGACGGGGACUUCCUGCAGGAGGAACCCGGCCUGCUGGUACGGGAGGGACGCUUCAGAAAGGUGGAGCUCAUGGCUGGGUCUGUGCGUGAAGAAGGAGCCAUGUUUACCCAUGCCAUGUUGACCAACAAGGAGCUUGUAUCUGCCUUGAAGUCCAACUUCAGUGAGAUUGCGCCAGUGACUCUGCAGUGUGAGGGCGAGAGUGCCGACCCCGUAGCCCUGGCACGCAGCAUCUUCACUUACUACCUUGGCGACCAGGAGCUAGAGCCCGUGGCUCGUAGCGACCAGCUUACCAAGAUGUUCAGUGACCGCCUAGUGAGCGUGGACGUGGAGCAGGUGGUGAAGCACCAGGCCAAGUUCACCAGCACCUACAGAUACGUCCUGACGCACCGGGGCCACCUGUCCUUCUCCGACGUCUUCCCGACAGACGUCGGCAGCCACUGGGUGUCCCAUUGCGAUGACCUUCUCUACUUGUUCCGUGCUGACUCCAUACUCAAGCUCCCUCACGACCUCCAGGACCACGUCGACCUCCACCUGAGAGACACCAUCACCUCCCUCUGGACCAACUUCGCUGCCACAGGGAACCCGACUCCUGACGACUCUCUUGGGUUCACCUGGCGGCCCUCCACCGAGGAUAACCUCCAGUACCUCGCCCUCACCCCAAAUCCCACUAUGGAGGCCGACCUCCGCCACGAAGUGAGGCGGUUCCAUGCGUCGCUACCAACCACAAUGAACCAGGCCCUCCACCCCCAGCUGGUGGGGAACCACGACCAGUUACCUGCAGGUGUUGUUGAAGCUUCUAGCGACGGUGACAACGGAAGAGACGAGCUGUAGUACCAUCACUGUAGCUCAUCACUGUAGACCAGCUCACAUGCACGACUCAUCAUGCGUCUGGCGCCUCAGACACUAGACCUGUUCUCAGGCCAGGCUGGGUGAAGCUCCAUCCGACUCUCGCAAGAAGCAUUGAUUAAUUUUAACGUUUCGAACGUUAAAAACAAGGUUGUUCUCUUUUAUAUAUUUAUAUUAUUAUAUGCAAAAGUUCUGUGUAUAAUUAGGUGUAGGUUACGUUAGGUACUUAGGUGUUGUUGGCGAAUAUUUGUAUUUGUAUUUCGUGGGUGAAGCAGUUAUAGAGCUGCGAUUCGAACAGAUGUCGCCAACGAAGCACUUAAUGAAAAGUGUUCGAACGUCACUAGUGUUGAGUCAUAUGUAAAUCGUUUUGUAAAGUCGUAUGUAAACCGUUCAUAAACAGGGGGUUUGGCGGGUUCGUGGAAUGGACUUUGGCCUUUGUUCAUGAGGACGGGCUGGUUUAUGAAAGAAAAACGGUUUAAACACGACUCACAUCUGAAGUCGUCCGAACACUUCCGGAACAAGUGCUUCGCUGACGACUUUUGUUCGAAUCACAACGCUGUAAAUGCUUCACCCACGUACCACAAAUACAAAUAAUCGUCAGGAGAACCUAAACACCUAACUAGUGCCUAAAUAUUCACAAUAUGCUUAUAUAUAUAAUGACAUUAAUUCAUAUUUGAGAAAAUUCCUGUUUUGAAUGACCAGCAUGUUAAAAUUUAUGAAUGUCUUUGGGGGUUAACCGCUCGAUUGAAUGGACUUGGGUCUUAGGACGGGUUGCCCUAAACAUUCAGUUUUACCCAUAAAUAUUAAGGCAUGCCUAUAAUGUAAAAAGUAAUCAUUACCAGUCUUGAGUGUGUAAGGAAUAAUAUAUUAUGUUGUAACCUAUCCUCACCUCACCUAUCCUAACCUAACAUCACCUAUCUCAACCAAACCUAGCAUAACCUCACCUAUCCUAAUUUACCUUCACCACACCUAUCGUAACCUAACCUAACAGAGUCAUUAAGUUAAGCCCGCACUUUCAACAGACACAAGAAUUGGGACAAUUUGAUAGUUAAUGGUUAUAAUACUGUAUAUGGUUGUGCACAUGCAUGUCCUAAUUAGAAAAAUUAUUUUAUAUACCUAUUCAUAAUAGUGCCUUUGUAUUGUUUCAAAGGCUUCCAUUAUUUGUGAAUAUAUAUGUUAAGAUAUAUAAUUAC